AUGGGCUGUGCAGUUUGUCUGGUCGUUUCUCUCCUGCGGAUCGAUCGCUGGGUCAACUUGUGGCGGAAUGCCUUGCUACCAGACUCGAACUUCGACACCCCGGACACUCGCCGCCAGGCCAAAUACCGGACCAUGACCCGACGCGAACCAGUACCAUGGGGUCUGGAGGCCAAACAGGUUACCGCCAACGUGUCGCGGUGGGUUAUGGAAGCCCUUGCUCUCGUCCCCGCGGGAAUGCCGCCUGCAUCUUUCACUCUGAUUCUUGACGGCCAGCCCACGCCCCAGUUGUGCACGGAGAUACUCCAGAUGACGAACCAGAGAGAUAUCGCGUGGCAAGCGGCCUGGUUUGCAUCGGUGUACCAGGGCAUCGUCCCGCCGACGGAGUGGUUGCUCACCUGGUCCAUCAUGUCCAACAAGCUCCGAGUCGCCCGCAGAACCGGAUAUUUUUACCGAGGAUUCCCUUCCCUCGUGCCAUGA